GCAUCAGAGUGCUACAAAUGCAACCUGACGCAGGGCGGCUUAGGAUAAAAAAGAUAGUGCUGGAGUCGGAGUCAUUGAUAAGGAAAACGGAAACCAUGCUUGGCAAAUGGAAAAAUUUCCACUCAUUGGCAUUCGCAAUGGCUGAUGACGUCAACAAGAUGUAAAUAUAUCACCCAGAAAAGGAGAAAGCGAGAUGGAGAUAGUCCAAGCAAAUAUAUUAAUUUCGAUGCUAUCGAUAGUUCUGGAAAAUGCGACUUGUCUUGUGGAAAAAAACAAAACAAACCAUUUAUCAUACGAGAAUUUUGUUGUGAGACAUAGAAAUGUUAUUUUCGGGAGCCUGGCAACCGUUGAUGCUUCGAUCAAACAUCUAUUUCGAGCAUAACACAGCGCUGGAUGUCAGAAAGCAGUUCACCGAAAUUUCCAAGAGAGCAAAGCAAAAGAAAAAAAGCCGGUAUUCCUCUACAGAUUUGCAUACGUUAUUGGUUUAGACGUAAAGCGAAUGAAUAAUGGAUGACGACGAUGAAGUCGAGAUCAAUCCAGACACGGAUCUGCUCAGCGAGCCCAGCAUCGGCGAGGAGGAGGAAGUGGAGACGGACGCCGAAGCCCUGGACAGCUGGGAGAGCUUCCACGAGCACAUCGAUGCCCUCAUCGUAAACGAACAUUGCGAUGAACCCAUACGCAACCUGGACGAACGCCGCCGGACUGUACUGAACCGGGUGCGCCAUCAGUUCCAAACCGCACCGAAGGGAACAGCCGAGCGUUGUGCGACAGAGAAGCCGCUGAUCGAUCAACAGCUGGAGUUGUCCAGCCAGCGGCUAGACGAGCUGGUACGUUUCGGGGACGAACUGGUCAGCAAUGUACGUGUGGCCAACGAGCGGCGUGAGCUGAACCGGCGGAUGUUCGAGUCCCAGCAGCAGUCCAUGACACAAAUGCAGCUGCAACGUGAGAGCAUCGAGACGAUGGCCAAAUUCGAGGACAUUAAGGCACGCUGGACGGAGCUGGAGGAAAUAAACGAGCCGAUGAUGCUCUGGGAUCAGAUCGAGGAGCAAAAGAAGCGCAUCGCUGAGAUAAUGCAGCGAAAGGAUGAGAUGAUUGACGCUUGCCAAAAGGAGGUCGAUCGCAUAAAUGCCAAAUACGACUUCGAUCGGGAGCGUCAGUCCCAAGACCUGUGCUGCCUAGUAGAGCGCGUCGACCACCAGGUGGAGGUGCUGAAGGAGGCCUACAAGCAGCAUCUGCAAAUGCUUCGUCACACUAUCGAGGAGGAGCGUCAGCUGUUUGCCGUCAGUGCCGUGGAGAAAUGGCGUACCUUCUUCGAUGCCCUCAACAAGAACUUUGAUGAGAAGGCCAAUCUGGUGCGGUCCCGUCAGCAGUUCUAUGCCAAUCAGACCCAGCACAUCAACGAGUCCCAGGAGGAGUUGACCAAGAGCACACGCAUCCGCCUGGAAAAGGAGUGCGAGCGCUUGGAGCUUGAGCUACGACGCACGCGGGAUAAUGUGCUGAUGAACUCGGAGAAGCUCGAUUACAACUACCAGGUUCUGCAAAAGCGCAACGAGGAGAACGUGAUAAUCAACAACCAGCAGAAGCGGCGGGUGGCCCGCCUCCAUGAGUCGAUUGGACGCAUCCGUCGCGCCCUGAAGAAUCUUCAGCUUUCGGGCAAGCGGAACAUAGAACGUCUGUCGCAGGACAUCUAUAAGCUGCACGCCAAUAUUCAUGAAAUGGAGACGAAGGCUCACCAGGCGCGCCUCAACAACAAGGAAAAGUUCAACCGCAUCUGGGAGAUCAACUUCAAGGAGCUGAAUCAGCUUGUAGAUCGUGUCUACCACAUCGACCGCAUCAUUCACGAGCAGCAGCUGGCCCUUCACUGGGAGCCGCCCAUUCCUCCGAUACGCAACAUAAACAAGUCGCGCCAGAAGCACAACAACGUCUUGGAGCGAUUCGAUUUGCGUAUAGGUCGGCUGCCCAAGAACCGGGUGCUGCCCCAAGAUGGAGCUAAGUUCAAGCCGGACAUAAAGGAGCUGCCAAUAGAAUCGUUGCGUCUGAUGCGGAACUUGGUGCGAAAGCUGUCGGACCGCGGUGGCUUUCUCAUCGAGCAGCGCCUGAUCAAGAUACUCGAACCCUACUCGGAGGAGGACAAGUGCCUGGUGCGACUGGACAACAUAUUCGCGGCUCUGCGAAUUCAGCGUCUGUCCGAUGUACAGGAACUGACGCAGGUUUUUCUGCCGUAUACGUACUGUCCAAAUUGCCAGCCGGGCGGUCUGAGUCCCCGCAAGUGCGCCGAGGUCUUCAUGAAACACCAGACUUCGAGCCGACUUGACCCGGACGUACAGGCUCAGAUGGACGACCAGGAAUUGCAUCGCGAACAGGAGCACCAUAUAGAUACGUUCAUGGUGAAGGGUUAUGAAGCGGCCAAAGCCUGCAAGAACCACUAUCUGGUGAUGGAGCCGGCCCUCUGCUUGCACGCCAUGAAUCUCUACACGACCAAGAUGCACAAGCAAAUGUACCACAACAUGCCCGGCCGUCAAUCGAUCGCUGUCAAUUUAAUCCCGUUUUCGGAUAAAGAUAUCCGCAAUUUCUGGCGCCAGUUUGCCGGCUGCUUCCCUCCGGCCAAAUGCAAGCUGUGGAAGACCCUCGAGCAUGGCCUCAAUCACUACGUGGAGGUGCUAAAGAUGCGUGUCCAGUACGACGCGGAGGUUGUGUUCCUGCGCCGCCAGAACGAUGAGCUGCGCCAUCUGCUGCAGAAGUUCAAAGUAUAAUCCUUAAUUUUUCCAUAUUCCACUCAUAUCACGAAAUUUUGAUGCCAUUUUCGACAAGCGCCCGAUAAAUUUCAAUUGUACUUUCCAUACCCUUUUCGGCUCCAAAUUAAGCUUUGAUAGUCCCCCACCCAUCUCCUAGCUUUGCUCACCGUUACAUGAUCAUGAGCAAUUUAAAAGCUCUCCCCUACCCUACCGAGUAUAUUGGCGAGUAUUUGCCAAUUUGAUGCCCGAGCUUGAUUUUUCUAAUCGCAAAAUUAUUUCUCAUUUGCACUUUUGAUCUGGCGCCCGAUAAAUUAUAAUUUGUGCUUUCCUCUUUUCGCUCUUUGACAUCGUGCCGUCCCGCUCUUAGCUGUGGCUCAACGAAAUCGCUCAAAGCUGCAUUCCUACACUACUCAACACAAUAUUUGAUCAAUUCUACAUACCAUUUGGGUGGGAUGGGGUAAAAUUAGGCAAUUUUAAUCAUCAAGUUGUGAAUAAAUAAUUCAAGUUA